CCGCUCGCCGCCAUCUUGAAAGCGUAAAUUUGUUGUCAUGUUUACGUUGUGUGUGAAGUGAAAUUUUGCAAAUUAUUUUAAUAAAACCUGAACAAAGUUGAUGUAACCACUGGACUAGUUAUUGUAAACUACCACAAUGUUUUACGCACAUUUUGUGCUGGCCAAGAAAGGCCCCUUGGCCAAGAUUUGGCUAGCUGCGCAUUGGGACAAGAAGUUGACAAAAGCUCAUGUGUUUGAGACUAACAUUGAGAAGUCUGUAGAUGGUAUUUUGAAGCCAAAAGUGAAAAUGGCUCUAAGGACAUCUGGCCAUCUGUUGCUGGGUGUUGUCAGGAUUUACUCCAGGAAGGCAAAGUAUUUGCUGCAGGAUUGUAAUGAGGCUUUUGUCAAGAUCAAGAUGGCCUUCCGGCCAGGCAUGGUGGAUUUGCCAGAGGAGCAUCGGGAGGCCGCCAUGAACGCCAUCACUUUGCCAGAAGUAUUCCAUGACUUUGACACAGCUAUGCCUGAGUUGAAUGAAGUGGAUAUUGAAGUGCAGUACUCCCUCAAUCAGUCCCGAGCUGAGGAGAUCACAAUGCGCGAGGACUACGGUUCCUUGAACCUGGUGACUCAUGACGAUGGCUUCGGAGACAUGGGGUUCGAUACCGAUAACCCUGAUAUCAUGCGAGAGGCUAUCGGGAAUGAGGAGGGCUUGGAACAGAGUAACUUACUAUUCGCGGACGGCUCAUCACUAGAACUGGCGGGCAAAGAUCCGGGUGUGGCCAGUACAAGUGCGGCGGGUGUCCCAACACUAGCAACACCCGCCCACGAGAGACGAAUGGAGGCGGCGCCCCACGGGCCUAUGGAUGACGGCUUUGGUGGCACUAUUGGAGAUGUGGCUGAUGAUUUUGGACCAGACGCAGGCGGUCUGUUCGAGGGCGACUUAUUCGGCGACGUGUCGGCGGGCGCCGGCGGCGCAGGCGCCACGCCUGGCAUGACCGGCGCGGGAGCACAGCCGCAGUCGUUGCAGGCUGAGAUCGACGCAGCUGGCGUGGCAGCGGCCGAGGCGGGUGACGACGCGACGGCAGCGGCUGACGCGCCCGACUCGGAUGACGAUAUGGGCGACCACUAUGAUGCCGGCAAUUCUCCGCAGCACAGUUGGGGCGGGUCGCCGCCGCACGAGACGCCGCGGCCGCUGGAGGACCCGGCGGACCUCAUGCCGCCGCCCGCCAUCGUGCCGCGCCCGCCGUCCGUCAGGCCCAUGGUAAGCGUUAGUAUGUUGUCGCAGCUGGGGCGGGUCCCGCCGCACGAGACGCCGCGGCCGCUGGAGGACCCGGCGGACCUCAUGCCGCCGCCCGCCAUCGUGCCGCGCCCGCCGUCCGUCAGGCCCAUGGAGGUGGACGGUCAAGCAGCAGAGGAUGCAGUGGUACCGUCACCGGCGAUAGCCCAAGAGGAGGCGGCCGGGGACAACACCACCCUACUCAAUAACGACGAGGAGUCCUUCGCUUUGGCGCCUGUAGACGCUACCGUGCUCAAGGGCAUAACCAAAACAAAACGCAAGCGCAAGCUCAUCGUGGACGAAGUGAAGAACAUAUCUGGUGAAGAGAUGAAGAACCAGCUCAGCAAUACUUCAGACAUUGUGACCACUUUGGACCUGGCUCCCCCCACGCGCCGCCUUAUGCAUUGGAAGGAGACUGGGGGCGUGGAGAAACUGUUCACGUUGCCUGCCAGGCCGAUACCCUCGCGAGUACUGUUCAAGAAGUACCAGCGCAACAUGACGCUUCGCAGCGAGGGCGAGGAAGGUGAAGCUCGUUCUCCAGACCCCGAGCCCACGGGGGCGCGCCGCGGCGGCCGCAAGCGACGACACGAGGAGACUAUUCAACCGCCAGAAACGCCCGCGCCACCGCCGCCAGAGAUGGAACCGCCUACGCCCGUGCCACAGGAAUACGAGCCUUCUGUCGGUGGGAUGCUAAGUUCCCUAGGGCCGCCUUUAACACCAGGAACCCUGGGCCCUCUCACACCCGGCACGCUACUGCAAGGCGGCAUCACACCAGGAGGCCUUCAGCAUGGUUCCAUGACUCCAGGUGGUUUACAACACGGUGGCAUGACUCCAGCGGGCUUACAACACGGCGGCAUGACGCCUGCAGGGUUACAACACGGCGGAAUGACGCCAGCGGGUCUUCAACACGGAGGCAUGACGCCGGCGGGGCUGCAACACGGCGAUCAACCUGUGGACUUAGGGUUGGGCGGUGGCAUGACCCCAGCUGGCUUGCAGCAUGGAGGCAUGACUCCCGGUGGCAUGACACCUGGACUAGGAUUAGACAGCGGAAUGACCCCAGGAGGUCUGGUACACGGUGGCUUAACACCCGCUGGCUUACAUCACGGUGGCAUGACACCAGGUGGAUUAGACCAUGGUGGCAUGACCCCAGGUGGCUUAGGGCAUGGAGGUAUGACGCCCGCCGGCUUAGGGCACGGAGGCAUGACGCCGGCCGGGCUACAACACGGAGGAAUGACGCCUGCGGGAUUACAACACGGCGGCAUGACGCCGGCAGGGUUGCAACACGGAGGAAUGACUCCAUCGGGGCUGCAGCACGGCGCGAUGCUGCACGGCAUGGAGCGGCUGCCGAUGCUGCCGCAGCUGGGCGCGGAGCCGGCGCCGCUGCUGGCGCCCGCCGCGCCGCUCGAGCCGCUCAUACCCGGCCUCGAGCACGCCGACUACCAGACCAGUAUGCACAUGACGAAUUAUUUAGGAUACGACGAUCAACACCCUCAUCAAAGUCCACAGCACGACUACGAUUUACCACCAACACCAGAAAAUGCGGAGGAGGGUGAGCGCGAGGCGGGCGAGACAGACGAGCAGUUCGAGGAGCGCGUGCUGAACAGACGCGCGGCGCAACUGUUCGCCGUCAUGCGGCCCAAGCUCGCCGCCGGCCUGCGCCUCGCCUUCGUCGACCUGGCGCCCGCGCACAACAACAGGAAGCAGGUCGCGCAGAAAUUCUACAGUCUACUUGUCCUCAAGAAACAUCAAGUAUUGAAAAUAGAGCAGCACGAAACUUACGGACCUAUCACUAUCUCUAAGGGCGACCAGUUCGAAACUGAAGCUAUUUAAUUGAUGUACGGAAUCCUUAAUUAUUUUAUGUUUAUUUAUAUUGUAUAAAAUAUACAGUCCCACGAGCACAGCAAUACUUCGAUUGCUGUGCUUGCGGAACAUUUGAACACAGUGAAAGAAUAUCAAAUUAGUUUUUAAAUGAUGGGUAUACUGAGAAUGAUGGUUAGAUGUAAAGUAAGCUAGGGAACUAGAUUGAGCCAAAAAUAAUUAAUUGUGUAAGUCGACCUUAUGACUGGAGUUUGCGGAAGCGUUUACUUUUUUAUCAUUCGGACCAAUAAUAUUACGAGUUUUGAUCUCAUGAAAACAGUUUGUGUAACAAAACUAAUUAAUUUCUGCGGACUCCAGUCAUGAGCGAAUGUGCGUCUUGACUCAAAAAUUAUGUUCAAUUCAUGUGACUGUAGGAGAUGCCUUAUUUUGUUUUGCUGUAGGUAUGUAUAGUGAAAUAUUAUAUCAGUAUACAACUUUGCGGUCCCUUUCAGUGCGCUGCGUUUAUACCAAACUCUGCGCCGGAGUACCUAGCAAGAGUUGUCGCUAAAUACACGAGUAAAUCGUUAUUGUUGUCAUAGCUUAUCUAUGUUUAAUUAAAGUUUGCAACCAUAGAAGAAAUAGUGUUAUAUUGUUAAUUCUGUGAAUUCCAAAACUAAGUAAGCAUUGUAUUUUGGGACGCUGGGGUGUCGAGAGAAAUAAUAUUGUGUUAUGAUUUUUAAAAUAAGUAUUUAUAGAGUAUUUUCUCAAGGAAGUGUAGACAUAAAACAAAUCUUAUUUGUUGUGCCUUGUUAAAUUAGUUUUAUGGUUUUUCGAUAAUGCUUUGGUAAAUUAUGUAGGGUUUUCCUUCACUACUUAAUGUUUAGGUCAGUACCUGCGACUGAAUGUUGUGAUAGUGCUAGCUGAACACUAUGUGGAAAUCUUAAUUAGGACGACAUUCUAUGCGAUAAAUCAUGUACAAGUAUUUUAGUUAUAUUUACCAACAUCAAAUCGGCGGGCAAUGAAUAGAUACUAUCAAGAAAAAUGAUGCUUGUUAUGUGAUUGUGUAAUGUGUGUGAAGCUGGACGUAUAUGAUUUUACAUUUCUUUGAGAACAUUGUGCUAUUUAAUUUAACAAAGUGAAUGCUUACUAUAAAAUGCUGGUUUGUAUUCAUUUUGUAGUCAAACCCAAGUCAAUAUUUUGGAAAUUCAGAUAUAAAGCAUUAAGAAUGCCACGACAUUAAAAUGUAAUAACUUGUAAACAAAAUUAAAGAUAUCAUCUCCCAUGCGAGAUCUGAUCAAUAUCAAUCUAUCAUAGGAGGUAUUUUCUUAUUUUGUGCAACAAAACAUACUUGCAAUAUGUACCUAAUAAAAAUUUGUUGAUAAUAAAAGUAUUUUCAUUCCUA